ACACCUCCCAGCGGCCCAAAGACCUAGAGCGGGAAGGUCAGGGUUACAGCUUUGUGUCCCGUGGGGAGAUGGAGGCUGACAUCCGUGCUGGGCACUAGCUGGAACAUGGCGAAUACGAGGGCAACCUGUAUGGCACACAUAUUGACUCCAUCCGGGGUGUGGUCGCUGCCGGGAAGGUGUGCGUGCUGGAUGUCAACCCCCAGGCGGUGAAGGUGGUACGAACGGCCGAGUUUGUCCCUUACGUGGUGUUCAUUGAGGCCCCAGACUUCGAGACCCUGCGGGCCAUGAACAGGGCCGCGCUGGAGAGUGGAGUGUCCACCAAGCAGCUCACGGGGGCGGACCUGAGACGGACAGUGGAGGAGAGCAGCCGCAUCCAGAGGGGCUAUGGGCACUACUUUGACCUCUGCCUGGUCAAUAGCAACCUGGAGAGGACCUUCCGCGAGCUCCAGGCGGCCAUGGAGAAGCUAUGGACAGAGCCCCAGUGGGUGCCUGUCAGCUGGGUGUACUGAGCCUGUUCACCUGGUCCUCGGCCCACUCUGUGUUGAAACCCAGAACCUGAAUCCAUCCCAUUCCUGACCUGUGACCCCCUGCCACAAUUCUCAGCCCCUAUAUCUGGCUCUCCUUGGGUAAUAGCUCCCAGCAGCCCCUAAGUCUGGCUUCAGCACAGAGGCGUGCACUGCCAGGGAGGUGGGCAUUCAUGGGGUACCCUGUGCCCAGGUGCUGUCCACUCCCAAUGCCCACUGGCCACAAGAUAUCUCUGAGGGCCAAGCCAUGCCCAGGAAUGUGUCAGAGUCACCUCCAUAAUGGUCAGUACAGAGAAGAUAAAAGCUGCUUUGGGACCACAUGGUCAGUAGGUACACUGCCCCCUGCCACCCCUCCCCAGUCACCAGUUCUCCUCUGGACUGGCCACGCCCACCCCAUUCCUGGACUCCUUCCACCUCUCACCCCUGUGUCGCAGGAGCAGGCCUUGGGCUGUUUCCAUGUGGCCAGGGGAAUGCAUGUCCCACUGGCAGCCAGACAGGCCUGGGUGGUGGUGCCAGCCUGGUGCCAUCUUGAAGGCUGGAGGAGUCAGAGUGAGAGCCAGUGGCCACAGCUGCAGAGCACUGUAGCUCCCAGCUCCCUCAGAAAGGGGCAGGGUCGCAGGGCAGAUGCUGCUCGGUCCCUCCCUCAUCCACAGCUUCUCACUGCCGAAGUUUUUCCAGAUUUUUCCAAUGUGUCCUGACAGGUCAGCCCUGCUCCCCACAGGGCCAGGCUGGCAGGGGCCAGUGGGCUCAGCCCAGGUAGGCGCGGGAUGGAGGGCUGAGCCCUGUGACAACCUGCUGCUAUCAACUGAAGAGCCCCAAGCUCUCCA